AAGUUUGUAAUUCUUCAUAAAAAUUCAAAAAUUAAAACAAAAAAUUUCAAUUCAAAAGCUCAGUCAAAUUACCUCAAAUUUCAAAGGGGACACCAAAAAACAAGAUAACAAUCUCCACCGCCGGAUGUGGACCGCCCCCGCCCAAUGCCACCGAAACUAAUCUCCGACGCAAAGCGCCGCACUCAUCCUCUUGUUUGGCUCGCUGCCUUACUCUGUACCGUAGUUUCAAUCGCCGUCAUAAUCGGAGGCAUCGUCGUCUUCAUCGGUUACCUAGUCAUCCACCCUAGGAUUCCGACCAUCUCCAUUCUCGACGCUCAUCUCGACAAUUUCCAAAUUGACAUCGCCGGCCGCCUCGAAGUUCAGUUAACGAUCGUCGUUGAAGCAAAGAAUGAUAACGCGAAAGCUCACGCCAGUUUCUCGGAUUCGAGUUUCUUCCUCCAUUUCUUAGAGAUCAAGAUCGCACAACUUGUGGCGGAUCCAUUCGAAGUGAAGAAGAACAGUUCAAUGAAAUUCCAUUACGCUGUUGCCUCGAAUUCAAUUCCUCUGAAUCCAGAGCAAAUGGAGACCGUUGAUUAUGAUUUGAAGGCAGAUCUGAGUCCAUUUACUUUGAUAGGGAAUACGAGAGUUCAAUGGCGGGUUGGAUUGCUUGGAUCUGUGAAGUAUGAAUGUCAUCUUCAUUGUGAGCUUAAAUUUCAUCCUUCUAAUGGAACUUAUUUGAGAUCUCCAUGCAGUUCCAGAGUUAAAUGAUUUCUUCUAUGUUCUUUAGAAUCAAUUUUUUUUUUCUUUUCUUCUUCUUCUUCUUCUUCUUCUUAAACCAAUUUGGAUUAGUGAAAAAUAAAAUUUGAAAUCCUGAAAUAAUUUCAUCACAAUUUUUUUCCCAUUCUGUAUUAGACAACUCUUUGAUGAGAUAACUUCUUUCUAUUCUCAUUACAUA